AUGCUCAGACAACUCAGCAGAGCAGUAAAUCCAAUCAGAUCAGCAAGAUCAGCAAAAUCAGCUCAAUCAGUUAGAGGAUAUGCCUCUUCGAGACCUGCGCAGUUGCCCGUAUUCAACACGAAUGCAGAUAAGGUGUGGAUGGCUACAUCUGCAUUCGUAACCAUAGGUGGUGUUGUUUGGCUCACGUCUCCUGGCGAGGAUUCCCACCACGAUUCCCACCACGAAGAUGCUCACCACCAAGUUUCUGAGAAGGCUGAAGAAGUUAAAGAGGUGGCUAAAGAAGAGGCUUCAGAGGGAGCUGAAGAAGCUUCACAAGUAAAGGAGAAUGUCAAGGAGAAGACGGAAGACGCAUCAGAGAAGGCAGAAGACGUUAAAGACGACGUUAAAGAGGACGUUAAAGAGGUUGCCAGUGAUGCCAAAGACCAAGCAGCGGAUGUAAAGGAUGAUGUUAAGGAAAAGGCGGAGAAUGUCACUGAGAACGCUCAAGAGAAAGCAGUGCAAGUCAAAGAGGAUGUCAAAGAGGAUGCUAAAGAAGUUUCCCAAGAAAUCUCACAAAACAAGGACGAAAUCAAGCAGGAGGUUAGCGAGAAGACAGAAAACUAA